AAGGGCUUCUGCUCUGAACUGCGCAUCCACAGCCUGCUCAGGAGCAUCCUUCUCCUGCCUCCACUGCAGCGGCUCACUGACCUCCGCCGAGAUGUCCUGCCAGCAGAACCAGCAGCAAUGCCAGCGCCCUCCCAAGUGCCCCUCCCCCAAAUGCCCCCCAAAGAGCCCAGCACGGUGUCUGCCUCCAACCUCCUCAGGCUGUGCUCCCAGGUCCGAGGGCAACUGCUGCCUAGGCCCCCACAGGUGCCCCAGGUCCCACUGCUGCCGGCGCCAGAGCUCCGACUCCUGCGAUGGUGAUGGUGGUCUGCAGUCCGGGCGCUCUGGCUGUGGCCAGGGAUCCGGGGGCUGCUGCUGACCUGGCCUCCUGAUGCUGAGACACAUGAUUUCAGAGGAAACAAGAAGCCAAAAGCUAAGGAAAAGCCCCAGCUUGAUGCAUCCUUUCUUGGACACCCUGGUCUUUGCUUCCCAGGCUGACGAGCUGAAAUGUUCACAGCUGGCUGGUGCGCUCUGCCUAGAAGGCUCUAAGGUGUAUUUCCUAAGAGCCUGUGGGCUCCCCUGCUCUGUGCCUCACAGUGUUCUCACCGCUCUUUGACCACAUACAGAAAUAAAACUUCUUCUCACACCACAUGCCUCUCACCUGUCCAUUGAGUGC